UAAAAACAUAAUCGUGCAAAUUUUAAUCCUUUCGACAAACUUUGAUAAAAAAAAAAAAAAAAACUAAAAUAUGUCAACAACAUUCAAAACAUAUCGAUACUGUAAACUCGUCGACGUUUUACCGGUGUCUCGACCUAUUCAAGACAGAUUGACGCGUGUCGUUAAAAAAACAAUAACAAGCUCGUGUUGAAACUCAGUCUAUUAUAUUCCGGUCGUACCUCGUUCAAUUUCUUCAGCAUUUCUCCGUACUUUGUCUGCGAUAGUUCCGUUCAUGGGCUAGAAUUGCAAUACUAUUCCAGUCCAUUUUGUUAUUAAUUUCGUUUGAUGUAUCAGUUUUUUUAUUAAAGUUUGUCAAAAGGGUUGAAACCUUCGUGCGAUUCCAUUUUCAUUUAUUCGGCAAAAUAUACAGUCUUCAGGAGUCUUUCGGAGUUUUCUCUGUACCGAAAAUUUCGUUCAUUGCUAAACGUGACGUACUCUUUCCCCCAGAGAGUAAUACGCGAUAUUACAUAUUCAUACACGCGUAUGCCUCUUUUUCUCCAUUUCUAAUCUCGCUUGUACCAGCGCUCGCUCUCCGGGCGAUAUUCUUAGCUCGAGGCGCCUUUUUUUUCCCCCAGCGGCUCAAGGUCACGGCUAAUUGUCGUUUACACACUGGAGCAGCAGCAGCUCUGUCAAUGCGGCCGCAGUUCCAUUCAUCUCGUCGAGCUUGCAAGACCAUAUUACCACUACCACUAGCACACUAACUGGCCAGCUCUGUCUGUGAGCUUUGCAAUCUUUUCUCUCUAUCUCUUUUUGUACGUCUCUCUCUCUCUCUCUCUCUCUCUCUCUCUCUCUCUCGCCACCUGCCUCUAUUUUUAAAGAUAUUCAAAGAUGUGCGAUGUGCGCUGAAAAGCAAAACCGAUAUGUGGGUAGUAGUGUCGGUACACGUUGCACGAGUACAUGUACACACGAGUCCAGUGUGCAUGUACUUAAGUGGCUGCCAAAUUGACCCAGAAAGGCUUGUGUUGUGUUGUGCGUGCGUCGACCGAUACGCAGCAGAUUUCGCGUGUAUUAAUCUACCGCCGAUUAUACGACCUGAAAAAGCUCUUGAACUUUUAAAAGGUCUUGGGUCUUGCAGCUUUAGCAAACGAAAAAAAAAAAAAAAUUACCCUCCGUCGAGGUUCUCGCUGCUGCUGCAUAUGCGACGACGAGAGGGAUGCGCGACGCUUGUGUACACACACUUGAAGCUUGCGCCGCCUGAUCGCGAAUAGACGUGUGUGUCGUGCAGGGGAUCGGCUUUGACGCGCGAGGCUCGCAACACUCGCGUCGCGAUCACCGCAGCCGUCGCAGUGUGACACGUUCACAUGUUGUGAUAUAUAGCAGUCGAAAGAGAUCCGUUUAAAGAACACGACUCUCGGCUCUCCGAAUUCGAUGGGGGCCCAUUACUAUCCUGCUCCGUUAUCCUGAGGGGUCAUUAUCGCCACAUAUAUCCUCGCUCCCCGAAUAGUCGAUAUUCCGAAACUCGUCAGGACGAUCUCUCUCUCUCUCUCUCUCUCUCUCUCUCUCUCUCUCAUCGUCGAUUCGGCAGGAGUCUCGAGCUUAGCUGCUGCCGAACGAGGAGGCUCGAGGUAACGAACUGUGUGGAGACCAGAGAAAUGAGUGUUGCCGUGGGCCGAAGUGAUGUGCGUGCAGGGAACCAUCGCAGAGGAUAACGCUAGGUUCAUCCUGCUCGCCUUCGUCCUCGCGGCUUACAUGCUCGCCGGGGCCGCUCUCUUUCAGAAACUCGAGUCCGAUGUCGAGAUCAAACAGGCCCAAGAAUUCUGGCGAGUCUACCAGUCGUUCCGUCGUCACCAUCUGCGCGGCAGCUCGCAGCUGGCCCUGCACCGCCUCCACGAGCUGCUCUACGUCUACGGCAACGCCUCGGCGAGCGGCAUCAUCAACAAGCGCCGACGCUGGGACUUCCCGGGCAGCUUUCACUUCGUCGGCACGAUCGUCUCGACCAUAGGAUACGGGAGUACGGUGCCGCAGACCCCAGCUGGCAAAGCCGCCGUCGUGCUCUACGGAUUUUUCGGCUGCUCCGGUGGCAUUCUAUUCUUCAAUCUCUUCCUCGAGCGCAUCAUCACCUUUCUCGCCUGGAUCCUGCGCAGCCUCCACUUGCGUCGGCUCAAGCGACGCCUGAGACAGACGACCUUGGCCAGUUCGCGCCGCCUACCCCGCAGCAGCAGGCGCAGCCGCGUCCACAGAGGCAACAAACAACCUACUCCUCCUCCUCCUCCUUCUCCUCCACCUCCUCCACCUCCUCCUUCUAUUCCCGAUACCGAUCCCAGCGGCAACGACGGAAAUUGCAAUGGCAGUAGCAACGGCAAACCCGCGCAGCAGCUGCCCGACAUCCUCGACGAGGACGAGGACGAGGACGAGGAGGAGGACGCGGGCCUGGACCACUGGAAGCCGAGCGUCUACUGGGUCAUGCUCUACCUGUCGCUGACCUCGUGCGCCGUCGCCUGCUGCGCCGCCGCGCUCUACGCCACCCUCGAGGGCUGGACCUACCUCGAGGCCCUGUACUUCUGCUUCGUGAGCUUCGCCACCAUCGGCUUCGGCGACUACGUCAGCACCCAGCGGCCCGACUAUCCCUACGUGCACCUCUACCGGUUCGCCAACUUUCUGUUUCUCGUCGUGGGCUGCUGCUGCAUCUACUCGCUGCUCAACGUCACGUCGAUCGUCAUCAAGCAGGGCCUCAACUACGUCAUACGCAAGCUGAGCUGUCAGAAUCGUUUCAUGGCCGCGCCCCAUCUGCCCCGACGAAGAUCCACCAUAUCGGCCAUCUAUUACGCCAACAAGCGCAGACCCGCGAAGAUGAUAUCGCGCGAUCUGAUCAGGCCGAGCAUGGAUGACCAAUCCUACUGCCCCAACGACAACAAUAAUAACAAUAACAACAACGGCAUGCCUCGACGCAUGUCCGGCGAGCUCAUCUCCAUGAAGGAGUUUCUGUCCUCGAACAAGGUCUCCCUGGCCGUGAUGCAGAAGCAGCUGUACGAGACCGCCCAGAUGCAGUACCUGCCGUCGCCGCCGGCCCUGCAUCAUCACUAUCAUCAUCGUCAAUAUCGUUAUCCCGCGGCCACUCCACCGCCCCAGGCCAACAAUAAUAAUACCAUGAACAACAAUAACAGCAACAACAACAGCAGCAAUAAUAGCGUAGCCAAUAAUCUGGCGACGCUGCAGGCCCGCAACAACGCCAACAACAUGAUGCUGAACAGCAGCAGCAACAGCGGCAACAACGGCAGCAGCAACAACAGUUGCUCGACUGGAGCCGUCGGUCCACUAGCCAUAGCGAUUGAAAAAUUCGAGAGUUCCUGAUUAUUAUCGCGAUCGUACUUAUACAUUACAAUAAUAUACGUAAUGAUAAAUAAAUAUAAUUUUUUCGCCCUCUUAACUGUGCACGCUGCCCCAACACCACACGUGGAUUAAGAAUCCCUCCACCUAUUGUAUAGCGCCUAAGUUAUCGAUUAUAUUUUUGAUAUAACUAUGCCAUACGAAAGACGGAUAUAUAAUUAUAUAAUUAAAAUAAUAGAUGUUUUAUCUCUUGACGUUUACGCUUGUUAGCAAUUAGGCCUUAAUCUUUAAGUCUGUAAUUCACUGCACAUAUAAAUUAUAUAAUAUUGUGUCAAACCUAAAUGUAUUAUUUCGUUGUUGUUGUUGUUUUUUUUUUUUUUUUUUGAGAUAAGUUGAAAGAAAUUAAUAAAUAGGGAAAAAAGUCUUACGUUCGCUUUUGUAUACUUUAUUUUAUUCCAUCAUUUGCUGGGAAUCGUUUGAACGUUUAUUACACU